AAACAGCUUCUUCUCAACUUCUCUCUCUCUUCUCUGGUGAUAAUAACCCUAAUCUCUUCUUCUUCUUCAUUGUGUAGGAUAAGCGAAACCCUAGAGAUUCGAAUCUGUAAUCGCUGUUUCUUGUUUUUUUUCUAAGCGUACUAUUGUAUAUGAUGAAUCAAUCGCUACAUCGAUGCGGUUUCUAGGGCUUUCUUGAGGGAGGAUUCGACAUUGAUAGGAACUUGAAAAGGCGAUUUUGGGUAUUUUGAAUCUUUGCUUUAAGAGAAUCGAUGGCGAAAGGUACAGCCACUGGCGAAUUCGUGGUUCGUACAGGGUGUAAAAGGGAGUUACAGUUUGUUUUGAAAUCUCAGUCUGAGAUCUGUGGAGGUGAGUCACUAGGUAGGACUAGGGGGAGUAGGAACUUGAAUGUCGCAUCUAGAAGUGUUGAGGUUAAGAAAUCGAGUCGUGGUGGGUCUGGUUUGAAGAGUGGGGUUAAGAAGAUUCGUCUUUGUAAAGAUGAGGAAGAUGUAAUGUCUGAUACUGUUGGUUUGGAAGAAGAUGAAGGUAAGAGUGACGUUGUUGAUGUUGAUGAGGCGAAAGGGUUGUGUAGUGAAUCUAUGAGUGAAGGUAAGGGAGUAGAAGAGAAUGGGGAUGAUAAGGUGGUGAUGAAUGCGGAUCAGUUGAUGGAGCAAACUGAGAAGGGUUCACUGAAAGUUAUAGAGGCUGAGAAGGAGAGUUUGGGUGUGAUUGGGGGAGGUACUGUUAUUGAUAGAGAAUUAGUUGUGGCAUGUCCUGCGGAUUUUAGUGAGUUAGAGAAAAUGGCUUCUAGAUCUUGUCAAGUUAAGUUGGAAAGAGUGUAUGCUAAACCGUGCAAAAGGUUGACCCGGUCCAUGUUGAAGGCUGAGGGUAAUAAACCUCAAGCUAAUGCUGAUGACGAUCAUGUAAAUUCAGAAAAGGAUGCUAUAGAUGGCGGAGAUAAUUGUGUUGAUGUUUCUACGUCAGUGGCAUAUGUGAAGGAGGAGCUUUGUGAGCAAAAUAAGAAGGAGAUAUGCCUCGGGCUUCCAAGUAGAUCAUUCCAGAUGAGUGGUCCUCCUCAACUUUUUGUUAAGAAAGCAGUGAAUGAUACAGUAGGUAAUCCUUUGAGGAGGUUUACGAGGUCAUUAAUCAAACAAGAAAGUGAUGACAAUCCUAAUUUGGGGAAUAAUACUAAACCAGCAGACUUGGUCGAGGUUGAUGUGAAUGCCAAUGAUGUUGAAAUAGAUGAUUUAAGUCCUGAGGUUACAACUCACAACAAGCGUGGAAGGCCCAAGAAAUUUCUAAGGAAUUUUCCAACAAAGCUGAAAGAAAUUUUUGAUUGUGGAAUACUUGAGGGACUAACUGUGUACUAUGUUCGAGCAGCAAAGAUGAGAGAGGCAGGGGCUAGAGGGCUUAAAGGAGUAAUGCAAGGAUCAGGCGUUUUGUGCUUUUGUAGUUCGUGUAAAGGAAUUCAAGUUGUGAGCCCUGCCAUGUUCGAGGUGCAUGCUUCUAGCACAAACAAGCGCCCACCUGAAUAUAUCUUACUGGAGUCUGGAUUCACACUUCGUGAUGUCAUGAAUGCAUGCAAGGAAAAUCCCUUGGCUACACUAGAAGAAAAACUUCUUGUGGUAGUUGGACCAUCUUUAAAGAAAUCUAGCCUGUGUUUGAAUUGCCAAGGUCCGAUGGUUGAGCCUUGUGACACAAAUUCAUUAGUUUUGUGCAAAUCGUGUUUGGAGGGUAAAGAGCUAGAACUCCAUAGCAGUCCUUCUAAAGCAAUUGAUGUUCUUAACGGUUCGUCUAGGCCAUGUGUGACUCCAAAAACUAUCCCUGGUGGGUCAACAUCCAGUCCUCGCCAAAGUAACAGGCGAGAACAACCAACCAGAAAGUCACCUGAGCCAAGUGUGGUUCCAGGAACUAUGAUUCUGAGCGAGUCAAAAUCUAGUUCAAUAAAAAGUAACAGCCAAGGAAGAAUAACCAGAAAGGAUGUGCGGCUGCACAAACUUGUUUUUGAGGACGAUAUACUGCCAGAUGGGACUGAAGUGGGUUAUUUUGUUGCUGGAAAGAAAUUGCUUGUCGGCUAUAAGAAGGGAUUUGGGAUACAUUGUUCUUGUUGCAACAAAGUGGUCAGUCCUUCAUUGUUUGAGGCCCAUGCUGGCUGUGCAAGUCGUCGGAAGCCGUUUCAGCACAUUUAUACGACCAAUGGGGUUUCUCUUCAUGAACUAUCAGUAGCCUUAUCAAUGGACAAGAGGUUUUCCAUCCAUGAAAAUGAUGACCUUUGCAGUAUCUGUAGAGAUGGGGGUGACCUCCUGUGUUGUGAUACCUGUCCAAGAUCAUAUCAUAAAGUAUGUGCUUCUCUUUCAAGCCUUCCGAGUGAGAGGUGGUCCUGCAAAUAUUGUGUGAAUAUGGUUGAGAGAGAGAAAUUUGUGGAUAGCAAUCUCAAUGCCAUUGCAGCUGGGAGAGUUCAGGGAGUUGAUGCAAUUGCUGAGAUAACCAAAAGAUGCAUACGAAUAGUCAGCUCCUUUGAGAGCGAGCUCCCAAGUGUAUGCGUGUUAUGCAGAGGUCAUAGUUUUUGCAGGUUGGGCUUUAAUUCUCGCACUGUGAUUAUCUGUGAUCAGUGUGAAAGGGAAUUCCAUGUUGGCUGUUUGAAAGAACGUAACAUUGCUGAUCUCGAGGAGCUCCCUGAAGGAAAAUGGUUCUGUUCCCUUGGGUGCGAAACGAUCAACACUACAUUGGGCAAUCUGAUAGUUUGCGGAGAAGAGAAGCUUAGUAACAACAUUCUGAAUCUAAUAAGGAAAAAGGAAAAACGUAAUGAAGGAGUAAGUUCAGAUGACAACAGCACUCCAGACAUAAGAUGGAGGGUCCUUAGUGGGAAAUUGGCCUCUUCGGAUGAUACAAAAAUAUUGCUUGCAAAGGCAGUUUCCAUUCUUCAUGAGCGGUUUGAUCCUAUCAGUGAAUCUGGAACCAGAGGAGAUCUCAUACCAGCCAUGGUGUAUGGAAGGCAAUCAAAGGGCCAAGAUUUUAGUGGCAUGUACUGCACCAUGUUGGCGGUGGAUGAAGUGAUUGUUUCAGUGGGAAUCUUUAGAGUUUUUGGGUCAGAAUUUGCUGAACUUCCUCUAGUUGCUACCAGCAAAGAUUGUCAAGGGCAGGGUUACUUCCAGUGCCUGUUUGCUUGCAUCGAGAGGCUACUCGGGUUCCUAAAUGUGAAAUAUAUCGUGCUACCAGCAGCAGAUGAAGCCAAAUCCAUAUGGACUGACAAAUUUGGUUUCACCAAGAUGACCGAAGAGGAGGUGAAAGAAUGCAGAAAAGACUACUCGGUGAUGAUCUUUCACGGAACAUCUAUGUUGAGAAAGAGUGUGCCUGCACCAACAACCGCGAGUAGUAAACCCGAAGACAAUAUGGAGGAGUAAGCCGAAGGCUGUCUUUGUUUUUUGGUUCCGGAAGUCGGUGAAACGAUUGGGUAUUUAUUCGUUUCAAGUAUUGUCUUUAAUCUAAUUUUCGGGUAGUAGUAGCCUUAUCGUGUACAGGUUUUUUCCCUUAUUGUGUCUUCUUUACAAUUUGAAAGAUGCACACAACAAGGGUAAGAGAAUUUGGUUUUGGUAGGGGGAAGUAGAGAGAAAGGGCAAGUAAAUGAGUCUUAAACACUCUGGGCAAUUCUUUUUGGUUUUCGGGGUUUAGUAUUCUGAUUAUAUAUUAUGAAAAGCUAAUUUUUUUGUAUC